AUGGCAAUUCUUACCCUUUCUUUGGGUCACCUCUUGUACGCAGGUGUUGCUUUUGUCGUCGCCCGCAUAUUAUACGAGUUCUUUUUUUCACCCCUCAGACAUAUCCCAGGUCCGGGAUUUUCCAAGUACACAGACCUUUACAGGGCGUACCUCACUACAAAGGGACAUGUUGACGGUCACAUUAGAGCAUGGCACCAAAAAUGGGGUGCUGCUGUGCGUGUAGGACCUAAUACUGUGAGUAUUAGUGAUCCAGAUAUGAUCAAGGUCAUUUAUACCACUAGAAAUCCCUGGCGAAAGACUAACAUGUACCGUCCCAAUGAUGUUCUGGUUAACGGGCAACGCAUUCAAAACAUCUUCAACACCCAGGAUGAAGAUUUUCACCUCAAGUACACUAAACCCAUCAGAGGUUUCUGGACUCUACCCAAAAUGCUAGAGGCUGAACCUCUGAUGGAUGAAACUCUGUGUGAACUCAUCACUCAUUUGGACGACCGCUUCGCUAGCACUGGAUCUGUCUGUAAGAUGGAUGACUGGGUUGCUUACUACGCCUGGGACGCAGCUGCUAAUAUCAGUUUUGGCCGCACUUACGGCUUCAUGGAGAAGGGCAGUGAUGUACAGGAUAUCAUUGCUGAAAGCACUGCCGGACUCAAGUACUUUGCCCCCGUGAGCCAGAUCCCCUGGCUGGAUGAGUGGCUGGACAAGAACCCCAUUCUCCGAGUCGGUCCUCGUCCUCUUGUCAACGGGGUCAUCUACACGAUCAAGAUUCUCACAGAGUACCAGCAGCAACUGGCUUCUGGUGCUGCCAAGCGCAAGCCUGUCGACUUGUUCAUCGACAAAUACAACAGUCUCAAGGAAACAAUCGACUUUGUGGAUGAUCAGCAGGUUAUCAACUGGCUCAUGAUCAAUGUUCUUGCGGGGGGUGAUUCAACUGCUGGUGCUAUGCGUGCUCCUGCCUACUAUCUCCUCAAGAAUCCCUCCGUGUGUGAAAAGAUGGUCGCUGAGCUUAGGUCUGCAAACCUGACUUUACCUGUUCCUCAAUGGAAGGAGAUUAGCCAACUACCCUACUUUGACGCCGUUAUGCGCGAGUCCAUGCGAAUUUCCCCCGCUGUUGGUUUGAUCCUUGAGCGUGAAGUUCCCAAAGAAGGACUUGAGCUUCCAGAUGGUCGAUUCAUUCCUGCUGGCACAAAGAUCGGCAUCAACCCUUGUGUCGUCACACGCGAUAUCGGCGUGUUUGGCGAAGACGUUGAUGUUUUUCGUCCUGAGAGAUGGCUGCGUGGUAAGGAAGAGACAGAGGAGGGUCAUUCUGCUCGGGUUAGACGUAUGCAUGAGUGUACUGAGUUGAUGUUUGGUCAUGGAUCGAGGGUUUGUAUGGGCAAGUACAUGUCUAAGCUCGAGAUGUACAAGAUGUUUGCUACGCUUUAUGUUAACUUUGAUGUACGAAUCACCGACCCUGGCCAUACGUGGAAGUAUGAAAACAAUUGGUUCAUGUACCACAGAGAUAUCCCUUGCACAAUUAGUCGUCGCGAAAAGGCAUAA